AUGAGUCUCAAUCCGCAGAAUUCAAGCCAGUCCAAUAAACCUGAAGGGGAUGACAACGAUCCCCAGGACCUUGCACCUCUCACAAUGACGACAGGAAGUUCUAUAGCGUCGCACGAGCAGACUUCAUACCCAUUUCUCCAGCGGACACGGGAUAAUCUAGCCGAGCCUGUGGUUGCAGCAUUCAUCGCCGGUGGAGUAGCCGGAGCGGUUUCUAGGACGAUCGUUUCACCUCUUGAGCGACUGAAGAUUCUACUUCAAAUCCAGAGUGCAGGGAGACAGGAGUACAAGUUAUCAAUAUGGAAGGCAUUGGUCAAAAUGGGUAAGGAAGAAGGAUGGAAAGGCUUCAUGCGCGGAAAUGGCACCAACUGCAUUCGCAUCGUCCCCUAUUCAGCAGUGCAAUUCGGAAGUUACAAUAUUUACAAAAAAUUUAUAGAGCCGGCCCCAGGCGUUGACUUGACACCAAUUCGUCGCCUGAUUUGUGGUGCCUUUGCUGGAAUUACUUCUGUUACAGUGACCUACCCACUAGAUAUUGUUCGCACGAGGCUCUCCAUUCAAUCGGCGUCUUUUGCAGACCUAGGUAAUCGACAAGCCGGUGGAAAACUGCCAGGCAUGUAUGAAACCAUGGUCCUUAUGUUUAGAAACGAGGGAGGCAUACCAGCCCUAUACCGUGGGAUUGUUCCCACAGUAGCCGGGGUGGCACCAUACGUGGGACUCAAUUUCAUGGUUUACGAAUCCGUCCGUGUCUACUUCACCCCUACUGGGGAGAAGAACCCGAGUGCUACAAGAAAGUUGGCUGCCGGCGCUAUUUCCGGAGCAGUUGCCCAAACAUGCACAUAUCCCUUAAACCAGUUCAAGAGCCAUGGCUCAACCCACACACAGCCGCUUCCCUCAAAUUUGUCCCAGUCGAACUCACAUUUUACCGACGAGCGACAGAUAACCGCGUCCGACAAACCCAACACAUCAGGAGCCAUGGGUAUCGACUUGAAGCGCCACCAUGUGCGCAACACCCAUCGCCAGGCGCCCAAGAGCGAGAACGUCUAUCUCCAGCUCUUGGUGAAAUUGUACCGAUUCCUCGCUCGCCGUACCGAUGCCAACUUCAACAAGGUUGUUUUGCGCCGCCUUUUCAUGUCUCGCAUUAACCGCCCUCCUGUUUCGCUGUCUCGUAUUGCCGCCAACGUUACCGAGGCGCAGAAGGGAAAGACUGUUGUUGUUAUUGGAACCGUCACCGACGACAACCGCCUUUUGACCAUUCCCAAGCUGUCCGUCGCUGCUCUCCGUUUCACGGCUACCGCACGCGCCAGAAUCGAGAAGGCUGGUGGUGAAAUCCUCACUCUCGAUCAGCUCGCCCUUCGUGCUCCCACUGGUGCCAACACCCUCUUGCUCCGUGGCCCCAAGAAUGCCCGCGAGGCCGUGAAGCACUUUGGCUUUGGCCCUCACAGCCACAAGAAACCAUAUGUCCGAAGCAAGGGCCGGAAGUUCGAACGGGCCCGUGGUCGCCGGAGGUCGCGUGGUUUCAAGGUCUGA